AACGCUAGCGCCGGGGUCGGAGGGCGGGAGAACCGGAGUGCCGGAGAGCAGCACGGCGCAGCGGCCCGGUCAGGGAGGAGAGCGCUGCGGGAAGAGACGCUUCCGCCCGAGCGAGGCCUUCCGGGGCGGAGGUCACCAUGGCGGCAUCCUUGGCUCGGCUCGGCCUCCGGUCUGUGAAGCAGGUUCGGGUUCAAUUCUGCCCCUUCGAGAAGAAUGUGGAAUCCACGAGGACCUUCCUCCAGGCGGUGAGCAGCGAGAAGGUCCGUUCUACCAACCUUAACUGCUCGGUGAUUGCGGACGUGAGGCACGACGGCUCCGAGCCCUGCGUGGACGUGCUGUUCGGAGACGGGCAUCGCCUGAUUAUGCGCGGCGCCCACCUCACCGCCCAGGAAAUGCUCACAGCCUUUGCCUCCCACAUCCAGGCGAGGACUACGGCGGGGAGCGGGGACAAGCCCGGACCUGGUACCGGGCGCUGACAGCGCAGAAGAGCCCAACAAGCAGAUUUUAGCUUUGGAUUGCUAGGAUAACUACCUAAAAAGAGCUCGAGAGACUUCAUCACCAAGAUCACCAUCUGCAGGGGGAAAAGAGCGCCAAAAAAACAAAACAGCGAGAGCGAGCCCUGUGAUUACUAAUCUAACCCAACGUUUCUGGAACGAGACACGGAUCAGAUAGGGGUCUGGACAAACCUGAAUUUAUUUCUAUUACCUAUAACUCCCUGCUUAACCGUUUUGAAUUUGGCUUUUCCCAUCACUCACUCAAGGUACCUCUUUUAUCAGCCAAAUCCAGUGCUGUUUUUCUUCGUCCUCAUCUUACCAUCUCAGUAGCGCCUGCCACUUAAUUCACUCCAUUAUGGAACUUCUCUUCCUCUUGGGUCUUUUUUUUUUUUUUUUUAAACCAUAAAAGUGUACUAUUCUUAUCCUUAAUUUUCUUUUCUAUUCCUGGGGAAUAUUCCAUAUUCUUUUCUUUUCUAUUCUCUGUCAUAAUUCAAACUACCCUUGGGUUAAAUCCUACAUCUCUGUUUAGCUCUAAUCCCAACUGCUGUUAUAGUCAGGUUAUGUACUACGUACGGAUUUCCUCCAAAUCCCACAACACUGUCCAAAAUAAAAUUGUUAAUCUUACAUACACAUAUACUUGCCUCUUCUCCUGACGUUCCCAUUUCUUUUAAAGGCACUUCAUUCACUCAGCCUUCGAGGUGGGAAACCAGAGCAUUAUCUCUGGUUCUGCCCUCUCCUUUCCCUGCAUAUCCAGUCAGUAAGUUCAGAAUAUUCUGUCUUAAACAAAAGCUUCCAAAAUGUUUUCUCUGUUCCCAUUCACUUUCCUGCAUCAUUGUAUUUUCCCACCCAGUCUCCUUUUUUGCUGAACAUUUUUCCUCUGCUAAAUUUUAUCUUUUAAAGCACAUCACUGUAUUUAUGUCACACUACUACUUGCUUCACACUGUACCUAAUAUGUUUUUCGUACCAGGUUACCACCCAUUGGUAUGGAUCAUCAAAUUAAUUUGGGAUAAACCAGCCUUUAAAAAACAAAGUAAAAUAGAAUAAAAAAGUAUCAGAGUGCGUGGCACAGGGAAUGGGAAGUAUUCUUUUUAGAAAUUUAAGUUUUCAGCCUAUAAUCAUGAAUAUAUAUAUAAUAGAAAAUAUGUAUAUAUGUGUGUAUCUGUGUAUACUUGGUUGCAGUGUAGUAUUAUUUCUUACCAAGACAGGGUUGUAGAAAAAAGAAGGAGGUCUACUGGUUUAGACAACUUCAGAGUGCUCAGCUAGGCAAUCAAGGAUCUCUCAACACUGGCUACUGUAUCUUUUGUCAGAUACAUUUUUCAUGAUUUUGCUGCAGCAUUACUAUAUUGCUGCUCUGCUUAAAAAGGGUGCUAUCUUCAAGAGUGGUUUUAUUCCCAUCCCACCCCCUUUAAAAAAGAAACUACCAAAAAACAACCUACCAGGAGGCAGUAUGGUAUAGUAAAGAGCCAAGAGCCAGAAUUCCUGAGGUUGAAAUCCUAACUUUGCCCCUAAGUAGCUCUGUGACUGUGGAACAAUUAAGUCUCUCAGUGCCUGUUUCCUCAUUAGUAAAAUGGGAAUAAUAGUACCUAUCUCUUAAAACUGCUGAGGAUUACAUGAGUUGGAAUCUGUAAGGUGCCUAGGACAUUACUAGGAGCAUAAGUAUUACCUAAGAGGCCUUAUGCUAUAGAUGAAAGGAUACUUACAACCUGGAUUUUAGUUUACCAUCUCGAUGGUUAACUGGCUAUUUUUUGUGGCCAGAUUUUACCACUCUCUUUAUCUGCAAAAAUGUUGAUGGUUCAAACGUUGCUGUAAAUGUAGAUUGAAUGCUGGCACUGUGAACUUGAGUUUGGGGCCAUUUUCUCUGUGUCCUUAGCACUUUGCAGAGUGCCUGAUACCUAGCGUGCAAUAAACAUCUGUUGAGUUUACAAA